GAAGAUACUUUUACUUAGUUACCAUUUUUCUGUGCUUAUUCCACCUCUGGCUGAUGACUAGUACCACCCCACUAAUCUGAUUUGUUCAGUGUGGUUGACUCUCGAGCCAGUGUGGGAAAAUAUUUCUGGAAGACUGGAGUGAGCCACACAAUCCAUCAUUAAAAUGUCCUCGUGCAUAACGUCACACCUGCGACUCUCCCGGCUUUUCGAGGGAACCUUUUGUAUGCGGUCUCGGCUUUGAAAGUUUCGACUCCCUUUAGAACUCAAGACCAUUCCUCCUCAGUCAUGCAUAGAUCUACAACAACUUACAAUACCUUUCCUUUAGCAGAGGUUUCCUUUUCCUCUUCUACUGUCAGCAUCAUCAACAGAGGGAAGAGGUCCAGACAUUGGGGUUCUGUCCUCAAGAUGAUGUCUCACAUCGUACUGUGCAAAACCGCUCCGCUGGUUCUGGUGGGUGUUGUGAUUUUUGCUGUGAGCGGGAUUUUCGGAGACCCUCUCUACGAGUGUCUCCAAGACAGCGACUACAGCGAGCUCCUGGACGUCGUGGUCAAAGGUCUGCCCGUUGCAAAGACCCCCCGACGCAUAGCGGUCGUAGGAGGCGGCAUGGCUGGGCUGACGGCCGCAAAGGUUUUAGAGGAUGCCGGACAUAAGGUGACCAUAAUCGAGGCGAGUAACCGCAUUGGAGGACGAGUUGAAACAUUCAGGAAUACCAGAGAGGGCUGGUACGCAGAAGUGGGUGCCAUGAGAAUCCCAAGCUUCCAUAAGAUUCUGCUGACCGUCAUCUCCAAAUUGAAAAUUUCCCUUAACCGGUUCAUCCAAGAUGACAUCAACACCUACUAUUUGGUAAAUGGAAAUCUACACAAAACCUAUGCAGUGCAAAACAACCCAGGCGUGCUCAAUUACAGCUUGAAUGACAGAGAGAGGGGGAUGUCAGCCGCUGAGCUCUUCGGCCAGACGCUCUGGAAGGUGAGGGAUGACCUUAAGGCCAUUGGCUGCAGCGCCAUGUUGGAUAAAUAUGACUCCUACACAGUGAAGGAAUAUUUGGUGAAGGAGGGCAAUCUGAGUCGAGCUGCUCUCAGGAUGAUCGGGGACAUUCUGAAUGAAAACAGCCUGUUCUAUACUUCACUGAUUGAGAUGCUAUAUAUACAGUCAGACAUCAACGACAACACUGAGUAUUUCGAAGUGACAGAUGGUUUUGACCACCUUCCCAGAGCUUUCUACCAGGUGUUAAAUGCGACCGUCCUCCUCAACUCCAAGGUGAAGCUGAUCAACCAAACCAGGGGGGGCGAGGUGACUGUAACGUACCAAGACUCGGUCAAGUCGGGGCCCAUGCGUGACCUCGCAGUGGACUACGUGCUGGUCACGGCCACGGCCAAGUCCACCCUGUUCAUCGACUUCCACCCGCCGCUGUCCGGGGACAAGAUGGAGGCCCUGCGCUCCGUGCAUUACACGAGCUCCACCAAGGUGGUGCUCAGCUUCAAGGAGCGCUUCUGGGAAAGCGAGGGCAUCAGAGGCGGGAAAAGCAUCACCGACCGGCCCUCCCGCUUCAUCUAUUACCCCAGCCACAGCUCGGCCGGCACGGCCGCGGGAGCCCUCCUGGCUUCCUACACCUGUUCAGACGACUCCACCCUAUUCCAGGGGAUGGGCGAGGAGGAGCUGAUGGCGGUGGUGCUGGAGGACUUGGUCAAAAUCCACGGGGAGCACAUCCGACCUCUGUGGACAGGCGGGCUGGUGAAGAAGUGGGGCUUGGAUCCUCACAGCCUCGGAGCCUUUGCUCUGUUUACGCCCUACCAGCAGGGACAUUACGCCAAUGAAUUAUUCCAGAGCGAGGGGAGGGUGCACUUUGCCGGGGAGCACACGGCCAAACCUCACGGCUGGAUCGAGACCGCCAUGAAGUCGGCCCUCAGAGCGGCUAAAAACAUACACAGCAAUACAAUUUAACUUUAUUCGCAGCAAAAAAUUUGUAAUCUUUGUGACGUUGGUUGUAUUAAUUUCCAUUUAAAAAUUUUUUGUAUAUGCAGGGCUGUGCAUGCAUGGUUUUAAGAACUUCAGUUUUGUACAAUUUGAGUAAAACUAACAAGGUAACUUCUAAUUUAAGAGUCUGGUUUUAAUUAGACUGAU